CUUUCCCACUAUUUUAACCCCAUUAGUGACACUCCUUUCUUCUCCACUACACUCCAUUUCUCUUUCUUCUUGAUUCUACUAUCUUUCUCUCUAAUCUCCGCAACUAUGGCUUCAUCUACGAAGACGGUUUUGAUCCCUAUUGCACACGGUACGGAGCCUUUAGAAGCGGUGGCGAUGAUCACCGUGUUGCGUCGAGGUGGUGCUGACGUGACGGUGGCUUCCGUCGAGACUCAGGUUGGCGUUGAUGCUUGUCAUGGCAUCAAGAUGGUCGCUGAUACUCUUCUCUCUGAUAUUACCGACUCUGUUUUCGACCUUAUUGUGCUCCCCGGAGGGCUUCCCGGUGGCGAGACUCUUAAAAACUGUAAACCUUUAGAGAACAUGGUUAAGAAACAAGACUCUGAUGGACGACUUAACGCAGCUAUCUGUUGUGCUCCUGCGUUGGCUCUUGGUACUUGGGGUCUACUAGAAGGCAAAAAAGCAACGGGUUACCCUGUUUUUAUGGAGAAACUUGCAGCUACUUGUGCCACUGCUGUUGAGUCAAGAGUGCAAAUAGAUGGAAGAAUAGUGACUAGUCGUGGACCAGGAACCACCAUUGAAUUCUCCGUCACGCUUAUAGAGCAGUUGUUUGGGAAAGAGAAAGCUGAUGAAGUCUCUAGUAUCUUGCUGCUUCGUCCCAACCCUGGUGAGGAGUUUACUUUUACUGAGCUUAACCAAACGACCUGGUCAUUCGAAGAUACACCACAGAUUCUCGUACCCAUUGCAGAGGAGUCAGAGGAAAUUGAAGCCAUUGCGCUUGUAGAUAUCCUGAGACGGGCAAAAGCAAACGUAGUGAUUGCUGCAGUUGGUAACAGUUUGGAAGUUGUAGGAUCUCGCAAAGCUAAGCUAGUAGCAGAAGUGCUUCUUGAUGAAGUUGCAGAGAAGUCGUUCGAUCUGAUUGUGUUACCUGGCGGUCUUAACGGUGCUCCAAGAUUCGCUAGCUGCGAGAAACUGGUGAACAUGUUAAAGAAACAGGCAGAAGCAAACAAACCAUAUGGAGGAAUCUGCGCAUCGCCUGCGUACGUCUUCGAGCCUAAUGGUUUACUGAAGGGUAAGAAGGCUACUACUCACCCAGUAGUGAGCGACAAACUUUCGGAUAAGAGUCACAUUGAGCAUAGAGUCGUGGUAGAUGGAAAUGUCAUAACAAGCAGAGCUCCAGGGACUGCAAUGGAGUUUUCACUUGCGAUUGUCGAAAAGUUUUACGGGCGAGAGAAAGCACUUCAGCUCGCAAAGGCCACACUUGUGUGAUUUCCGAACAAUGAAGUAUGAGAGUGACUUGAAUAAAAGAAGGCUUUGCCUUUUAGUUAUCUCUCCAUUGGUUAUGAGCUACUUUGUGAUAUAACAUAUGAGCAUUUGGGUGAGUGGUUGGUGUGUAACUUUAUGCCUUUAUAAAUGAAUACAUAUGAGCCUUUGGGUGA